GUGAUCGCGCGCUCGCGGUAAUGACAGGCGCGCGGAUGAGCUCGCGCUUGCGGCGGGACGCCGGUGAUGGAGCGGCUGCUGCUGACACUGGAAGAUUAGCGCGCGUCCGUUUAUUUGUGCGUGUCAGAGGUUAUUCCCAUUUCCUGUACUUCAAACUCUGCCUCAGUUGGGGUCAAAGGUUAAAGGAACAGCGCUGUGUUUCACGCCCCUCUCAUCCUCCAUUUGACAGUGUCAGCACAAGGGGCCGGGAGCUAAUGGCCAAAGUUCAGCUCCGUCUGAAAAAGCGGCGAGUGAAUUACAAAUGUCAGCGAGGAAACAGCGGUCCUGAUUCCUGCAUGGCUAGUUGUUGGGCCUUAAUUAGCCUUGCAGAACAAGGUGUGCAGCUUGCUGAAGAGCUUCCAUUCAGAGAGCUUUCAGAGCCUGUGAUGCAGCAAGUGCCUAACAGCAGAUGCAAAUCUAAAGAACAUGCUAUUCCUAUUCAGGUGCAUCUCUCAGAGGAACGAAGGGGGGUUGUGGGUAAUGGGAUAGUCAUCGAGGACCUAUUCAGAGCCCUUAUGCUCAUAGUUCCAUUAAUGAGCACAGAGACCAUUCAUAAGAUGAAAUGGUGGGGGAAGGUGGGAGGCGGCAGUUGCGUCUGCGCGUUCAGUGUCACACCCAGCUCAGCAAGAAAAAAGAAAAAGCGUAUUGUUCCAUCCGGGGAUUGUGACCAGGCCGGCUUGGGAGUGAAACCAAUCCUGCUCAGGGUUAACGAGCCAACAGCCCGCUGCUCAUCAGGCCAGCUAAUGAGUUCUCUCACGCAGACCUAUCACAUGACCUCUAGGGUCACAUGA